AAUAUGAGUACACAAUCAACCUAUAGCAACAACAAUAACAAUAAGAGUAGUCCUACUAAUGAUAACAAUAACAACAAUAACAAUAGUUUAACACCUUCAAAGAGAAAGGAUGACAAUGGCAACAAUGACAUAGGCGAUGAUGUUGCCAUUAGAGAUACAAAGAGGUCAAGACAGACGAUUGUGCAACUGAAUGAUGUAGAGGAUGGUGAAUUGGAUGAUGAGCCAAGCAAUGCUCCAUCAUCAACAACAACAACAUCAAGCCAUGGUUCAAAUGUUAACAUCGUUGCUGUUGAACCAGCAAAGGAUAGGAGGUCAACAUCACCACAACCACAUCGUCGUACAUCAUCCGAUAGAGACAGAGAAAGAGAUAGGGAAAGAGACAGAGAAAGAGAAAGAGAUAGAGAUAGGCAGAGAGAUAGAGAUAUUAGAGACAGAGAUAGAGAUAACAGGGAUAGAGAGAGGAGGGACAGGGAAAGAGAGAGACCGUCAAACAACAAUGACAGAGAUAGAUAUGAAAAUGAUAGAUACAGAGAUCAAAGAGAUAAUAGGGAUAGAGACAGGUAUCAAUCAAGUGAUAAUAGAGGUCACCGAGGUAGUGAGAGUGAUUAUAGAUCAAAGGACAGUCGAUCGAACAACACAACAAGGCCAUACAGUAAUGGUGGUGGCGGUGGUGAUGCUGUAGCAACUGGUGACAGUAGUAAUGGUAGUGAGAGAAGGCCAAACCCAGCUAAAGAUAGUGCAUCUAGCGAUGGUUCAAGGCAUUCAACUCCAACAAAGUCUGUUGUCUAUAUCAAAUCAAAGCAGGACAAUGGUUCAUUAUCAUCCGCAUCAAAGGAGAGGAAGCAGGUCACUGCUUUAGUGGACACUGUCAUUGUUGAUGAGGAAGAGGAGAGAGACAAGGAGAGAAAGCUGAUCGAGGAGAGCAGGAGAAGGAGGCAAGAGAUAUUGGCAAAGUAUCAAGAGGAGGAGGAAGCAGAGGCCCGUAACAAACAACAACAGGACAGUUCAGCAUCCAAUAACAACAACACUCAAGUACCAGUACCAACGACACCAAAGAAAGAGAAGGAUGAUCAGCAACAGAAGCCCACUGCCGAGUCCAAGGAUGAGGAUGAUGCUGUUUUAGAUCUAAGCAAGGAAUGGAAGACUGGCGAUGACGAGGAGGAAGAGGAGGCGUCGUCUGGCGAGGAGGACCUGAAGAAGAGAGGCAAGAUUGACCAGAGCGACUUGAAGCGCAAGGAUCAGCCAAACACUGUCACAGCUAAACCAGCGCCAAAGCCAGCGCCGGUAGCUGUGCUGGACAUGUUUAGCGACUCUCCCACUGGCGAAGAGGACGACGAUCAGAUGAACAUCAAUCUGAAUGUCAAUCAGCAGAGCAAUGAUCAGUCGUCAGAAGUCAAUCUCACGGAUAAUUGGGACGACCACGAUGGCUACUACAAGUACAAGAUUGGCGAGGUCAUGGACAAGUAUCAAGUGUUUGCUCCAAUUGGAUCGGGUGUCUUUAGCACCGUGCUCACUGCCAAGAACAUCAACACCAAUGAGGAGGUCGUCGUAAAGAUCAUUCGAAACAGACAUCCAAUGCAUCGAUCUGGACUCAAAGAAGCAGAGAUCCUUCAAAAGCUGAGCAAGGAUCCACAGCUCUUGGCCAAGAGUCAUUGUAUCCAGUACAAGGAUUCAUUCCACUAUCGCAAUCAUCUUUGUAUAGUAGUGGAACCAAUGAGUAUGAGCUUACAUCAAUUGAUCAAGAAGUUUGGAAAGAAUGUUGGACUAAGUAUGAAUGCUGUUAGAGUGUACGCCAAACAAUUGUUCAUGGCACUGAAGCACAUUAGGAAUUGCAAGAUCCUACAUGCUGACAUCAAACCGGACAACAUCGUGGUCAAUGCUGCCAAGAACACCAUCAAACUAUGCGACUUUGGUUCGGCUGGUGAGCAACACGAAUCAGAGAUCACGCCAUAUCUAGUCAGUCGAUUCUAUCGAGCACCUGAAAUCAUGCUAGGUAUGAAGUAUGACUUUUCGAUUGAUGUCUGGAGUGUUGGAUGCUGUUUAGGUGAGUUGUACACGGGCAGGUUCCUAUUCCCUGGUAGCACCAAUAAUGAUAUGCUCCGUCUGUUCCAAGAGUACAAGGGCUCAUUCCCCAAGAAGAUGUUGAAGAAGGCAGAGUUUGCCUCGAGACAUUUCAACGAGAGCUUAGUCUUUAUGAAGGAUGGUCGUGAUCCAGUAGACAAUAAGCCAAUGAAGACACCAUUGGAGAUAACAAAGCCAACUAGAGACCUUCUAACAUAUUUAGUACCAAAAGGUGUAGAGUUGCCAGAGAAUGAGAUGAAGAAGGUGCAUCAACUUAAAGACCUCAUUGAGAGGUGCACAACAUUGGACCCAGAGAAGAGAAUCACACCUGUUGAGGCACUCAAUCACGACUUCUUGAAGCCUUACUAA